AUGGCGCCCCAAAGAACAGACACAUACGACCCAUGGGGCCCAGAUGCAUGGGUGGAGGCUGGACUGGCCAGUACACUCGGCCUCCCUAAGAGAAAUGGGACAAUCCCCGUCAGCCUUGGGCCCGACAGUGUGUUCCAGACGGCGCAACAGGUACAAAAGGCACUCGAUUUGACGUUUUUGCCUAGAACCAUCAAUGCCACGGUGACUCCAUCGAAGGUGGUACACCGGCCUCCAGGCUCGAGUUCUGCUCCCCAGCGCCCAACGAACGUUGUGUGCUGCCUGGUUCCAGGUGACGCCUGGUGUGACUUGGUAGGGAUUUGCAACGUUCGCACCGGCGGGUUUGUACCUAUCGACGGAAAGUCCAUCUACUUGCAUAUCCCGACUGCCUUUGUUGACGAGCUCACAAAGACAUUGACUCGUACAGAAGAACAAAAGGCCCGGGACCGCGCCGACAAGCAAGUCAUCGAGAAGUAUGCCGACUUUUGGGCGCGUAAGGACGAAAUGACGCGGGCCGAGCGGAUUGCCUGGAUGCGCGAGGAAAUCGGCAAACUAGAAGCCGAAAAGGAGGCGAAUAAUGGCUAG